AUGACAAAGGAAGUUGCUAAGGUUGAUCAUAACUAUUCCAAUCUUUAUACUAAGGUUGAUAUAGUUACUGAUGUUGUUAAGAAGACUACUGAGUUUUCUACUACUCUUAUUACCAAAGUUGAUUUCCAGUCAGAAUAUGGUUCAAAUGGUUUUGUCAAGUUGGAAGAAUUAUUAAGUAAUGUGAAGGCAUUAAUUUCAAAAAUUAAUGUUUCUCCUUCAUCUUUGGUUUCCCAAGAAGCUUUGUCCAAAAUGCUCUCUUCGUUGGAGUCCAAACUGAGGGCUGAUUUAGCUACUCUUAUCAAGUUUGUGAGUUUAAUGCCUUCUGAUGCCCCACCUAUAAAAACAUGGGUGCAAGGAUGA